AUGCCUCGUGGUCGUGGGAGCCAAGACAAAAAGCUCGGGAGAAGCCGUCCUGCUCAAAGCCACAAAAGGGUCCGCAUGCGUGUGCAGGUCCUCAAGGAUGAGAAGAAUGAAGCAGCAGCCAAUGAUUCCUCUUCCUCCUCUUCCUCCUCUUCCUCCUAUGCUUCAGUGGGGCCCACAGCAAGAGAACAGCCUGGGUCUGGGGCACCAAAGUUUCCUCAGAAUCCUCAGGGAACCUCUUCUCCCCCCACUGCCUGGGGUUCCACUCCAAGGAGCCAGGGCUGUGAGGGCUCCAGCACGCAAGGAGAGGGGGCUGCGAGCUCCUCCCAGGGUGAGGAUGCCUCUCAGGUCACGCAGGAUGAGCUCCUAAAUGACAGGUUAGAUAAAUUGCUGCCAUUCCUGCUCCAGAAGUAUCAAAAGAAGGAGCAGGUCACCAUGGAAGAAAUGGUGCACAUUGUGGGGUAUGAUUACCAUGCGCACUACCCUCAGCUCUUUAGGGAACUCUGUGAGUGCAUGUGCCUGAGCGUUGGCAUUGAGAUGAGGAAAGUGGAUGCCCCUGGGCACACAUAUGAGCUUGUGCCCAUCUUGGGCCUCACUUAUAAUGGGCUCCUAGAUAACGAGGUCCAGGCCAUUCCUAAAGCGGACCUCCUGAUACUCAUCCUGAGUAUAAUCACGGUAAAGGGCAGCAGGCUCAGUGAGGAGGACCUAAGAGAACUACUGAGAAACAGGAAGUUAUUAGAUGAGAGGGACCACGCUGUUAUUGGGGAUCCCUGGAAAUUCAUCACUGAGGAUUUGGUUCAGGAAGAAUACCUGGUGUACCAGCAGGUUCCGAACAGUGAUCCUGCUCGCUAUGAGUUCCUGUGGGGUCCAAGGGCCCACGCUGAAACCACCCAGGUGAAAAUCCUAGAGCAUGUGUUCAACCUUGAUAAGAUGGAUUCCAGGUCUUACCCACAGCUACAUGCGCAGCUUUUGAGAAAGGAAAACAGUAUUUUCAGGGCCCCUGCGGGGCAAGAUGAGUGA